AUUUGGCUGAAGUCAAGAAGAGAAAGGAAGUUUUUAAGGCUAUCGUUGGGAUCUGAAGGAAGGAGAACAGUAGCUGAAGAAGAACUGGGCAAAGCCCAUUUCUUGAACAGACAAUUCUCAGUUGAAAAUGGGAAAGAGGAGGGCGGGAGGCGAAGGAACCAGUCGUAACGUGCGGCAGAGAGGUGAUAAUCUGGAAUGUGAUAUUCAUCAAAGUGGUAGUAUUGAUAUUAGAGAGAAUGGAAGGGCUGAAAGUAAUUCAGCCAGAAUGAGGACGGGAGCAAGACAUGAUGCAGCAGAUGCUUGCAGCAGUGCGAAUGUAGAAAACUUGCAGUCUGAACAAGUUGUUAGAGCAGCCAUUUCACGAUCACCAUAUAGCACUAGAAGCUCGACGCAUAUGGUGAAAGAAAUAAUUGACAAGCUCACGCCAGAACAAGAGAAUGCAAUUAAGGAUCUAGGUUUUGCACCGAUUCUAAAGAUACUAGCUUUCAAUCUAGAUAACGAUUACUGUUCUUGGUUGGUGGACCAUUUCAAUGCAGAGCAGAGGACAUUGAAUGUCCAUGGUAGAAGUUUGAAGGUGACUCCUAAGCAUGUUGGGUAUGUAACGGGAUUGAAUAGUGGAGGCUUGGAUGUAGCUGCUUUAGAAAGUGAAUUGUCUUUGGAUGAUAAUUUACUGACUGAAUUUAACAUUCAGUUGGAUAAUGGUGGUGAGAUAGGCUUGGCCAGACUGAGAACUAGUCUAAUGAAGACCAACAGCAGCGGGACAGACUUCAAAGUUAAGCUUGUGCUGUUUUUGCUCUGUAGACUCUUAUGCCCUAGGACGAAGUUUGCUAUAAGGAAGAGCUUGCUUGCAGUAGUUGCCAAGGUGGACAAUUUGAAGAACAUGAACUGGUCUAAAUACAUCCUUGACCACCUGAUUGACUCUCUUUGCGAUCAGAGGCAAAGAAAUCAGUUCGAGUUUGUUGGGUGCAUUGUUGUUUUGAUGAUCUUAUACUUUGAGCAUUUUUGCAUCCAUGGUGACGCAUAUACAGCACUUUGUAAUCGGCACAUUCCACGCAUUGAAGACUGGGAUGAAGAGGUGUUGAAGAGGAAGGUUGAUCAGCUAAAGGUUAUGGGGGUUUUCAAUGGUGCACAGGUCGAUGCCAUGUUUGAAGAUCAUUCUGUUGGUGAGGAGAGACGUCUUGAGGAUGGGAUAGAGAAGAUUGAAAGUAGGCUUCAAAGUAUUGAAGAUGCUAUGAGGGAUCUGAAAGGACAGGUUGAGCAAUUUCAUCAGAUGGUGACCAGAUUGGUUGAGAUGAUGGAGGUCAACCAAAAAAUGGUCCUUCAGGAGAUGAGAAGAAUCAAUGCCAAGUCCUCAAUCGUCUGUGAGAGUUGUGGUAUGAAUGGUGAUGGUCUUCAUAAUGUUGGGGACUGUGCAAUAUGUUUGAAUAGAAUGAUGCUCCAGGAAACUGCUCUUGUAAAAGGUUGCCAGCAUGCUUACUGUGUAACCUGCAUCCUCCGAUGGGCAUCCUACAAGGAGCAACCUACCUGCCCACUAUGCACGCGUCCGUUUGAAUUUCUUAUUACCCAUCGCUCUCCCGAUGGCAGAUAGUGGUGUCUAAAUGGAAAUUCUACUCUUAAAUGAGAAGAUAGUGGUAUCAGAAACGACAUUUCACAAAUGUGAUGAGCCCCUACGCAAACGGAUUAUUUUUAGCUUGCAUGUUUAUGCAGGAUCAGGUGAGUGCAUACAUUCCUAAUGCUUUUAUUCACUGUAGAUUUUGCAUUUGUCCAUCUUUAUAUCUUGUUUUUUGGUCUCUUUUAACAGCAUUCGCAGUUAUAUGUCUGAGGAGAGCGUGCGCCAUCUCCUUGAAUCCUCUUGGUUUAGUCCACCAGUUGAUGAUGAAGAAGAUUUAGAUGAGAUUAGCGUUGGUAGUUGAUUGAGUAUACGACUGGGGGACGCGUUGGCAGUUGAUUGAGCAUACGACUGGGAAACAGUGAAUAUUUUCAUGCAGGCCGAUCUCCUUAGCUCAGGAGGAAAAUUGCUGCAGGCUGUAAAAGAAACGGGAGCUGAAUGGUUAAAAGGCUCUUUAACGUGAAGCUGCUGAUAAGCUGUUGCCUCAUAGUUUGUUGUGAACUCUGUUGUACCUAUUUUGAAGGGAUGGAGUCCUUUGAUGUUUUUUUUCCCUAGUCUUUCUUUCAUCAAUUCUUUUAAAUUCUAAACAUGUCAAUACUGUGGGUUAUAUCUAAUUUAACUCUUUUUUUUUUCAA